AACGGCAAAGUGGUGAAGUAUGACCUUGCGCCGCUCAUCCACAACAAGCGCAACUGGCUCGUGGACACAACCGAUGAGGACCUCUUGGACUCGUUUGAGAUCAACGUGUGCCGCCCGCUUGUGCCCGACGGUCACUCCUGCUCCCCCAACAUGGGCGCGUGUCGCCUCACAUACGGCUACUUUACGCCUGACGUGAACUACGGCCACCCCGGUCUGCCUGAGGAGGACGCGGACGGGCACUUGACGCUGUCGUACCGCGAUGGCGCCUCGUGCGGCAACACCACCGACCUGUCGCACUCCGUCGUUGUGGAGAUGGUGUGCCCGCGCCGCGAGGACGACGGCACUCCAAUCGCAGGCGUUGUGGAUGCGCCACUGUAUGUGGACACGAGCGAUGCGUGCGUGACGCACCUUGAGUGGCGCACGAGUUACGCCUGCCCGCUCUCAACGUUCAAGGGCGUUGACUGCCACCUCACGGACAUCCUGACUGGGCAGUACUACGACCUGUCUCCGCUCAAGUCUGCCAGCGGGUACUCCGUGCGCCGACCCGACGGGAAAAUCAUCGACUUCAACAUCUGCCAGCCGGCCACUCGCUGCAGCAGCGGCGUCGGCGCGUGUGUUGGAGCCAACUCAUACGGUGACGUGAACCAGGCCCUGAGCUUUGACGAGGGCUCCCUCUCCCUCACGUACACCAACGGCGAGAAGUGCACGAGCGAGAACGGUGACGGCAAGCGCCACACGCGCCUGGAGAUGCAGUGCGACCCAACGCGCACGUCCACACCGCGCGUGGAACUGGGUGACGCUGGGGAUGACUCAUGCACAACGGUGAUCUACGUGUACACGUCGCUCGCCUGCCACAAGGGCCAGGAGGUGGAGUGCCUUGCACGCGACCCGGACAGCGGCGUUGAGUAUGACCUGUCGCCUCUUCGCAACUCCGUCGACAACUACUACGCCGAGGACCCGCGGGAGGACCACAAGUACACUUACGCAAUCAACGUGUGCCGGAACCUCGUUCCGCUGCGCGACUAUCCGGACUGCAAGGACACGUCCUCCGCGUGCCAAAUCUCCCGCACCAACGGCAAAUUUCUCGAGAGGAACAUGGGCAACGUUGCCGGCCCCCAGGUGGAGAAUGGCGAGCUGUUUAUCGAGUAUGACAACGGUGACAUGUGCUACUAUGCACCACGGCGCACCCGCAUCUACUUCACCUGCGGCGACACGCUGGGCGAGCCCGUGUUCGUACAGGAGCGCGGCUGCUACUACAUCUUCCACUGGCGCACAAGUGCGGCAUGCGGCGGGCAGCAGAAGCAGGAGGACGCGAGCAACUGCCAGGUGACAAACGACAUCACCAGCACAUACUUUGACCUGCGCCCGCUCAAGGGCAGCCCCGUCACCGCUGUGAACAAGCUCGGCACAGAGGCGCUGCAAGUGAGCGUGUGCGCGGACAUGCGCUGUGGCAGCGGCACUGCCGGCGUGUGCAAAGGCGGCUCUGUGAACCUUGGCCGCGCAACAGACAUGCCGACGGUGGAGGGCGAGACGGUGCAUCUCAUCUACACGGACGGCGACAGCUGCGGCGUUGGUAACCAGAAGUACUCGUCGGAGAUUAUCUUCGUCUGCGAUUACUUUGCAGACCCAUCCGAGUCCCAGCUGUACUUCCAAGACAAGACGUCUGACUGCCACUAUGUGUUCAAGUGGUACUCGCGUGACGCGUGCCAGCAGAGCAACACCAUGAGCUGCUACGUGUUUGAUUUUUACACGUUUGAGAGCUACGACCUCUCGCCCCUUACCAA